UUGAGGGCUAGAAGCAGUCUUCAGACUCACCCCUUUUGUUCGAAAAAAUAAGUCUUCAGAGUCACCCCCUUGCCCCCAUUUUCCAAGCCCUCUCUGAUCGAUAUCCAUGGAUAAACCAAAGACCGAUCAGGUCGUCCUCUUCAUCGACCACCUCAACACUGGUCAUCCCUCCAUGGAAACUCAUCAGAACAACAUAAACAAUGACACCACCACCACCAACAAGCCCAAACUCACUUCCAGAGUCAAGACUCUCAAUCGCCUGAGCUUCUCCAAACCCAAAUCUCGCAUCCAAGAACACUACCACCCACUCUACACCCAAUUCACCGUCUCCGAAGAAGUCGAAGACAUUGCCGGCCGGUAUUCUUCCACCGACGACGAAUGGAACGAAGACGACGAUGAAGAAGAAGAUCAGGUGGAGGAGGACGGCCCAAAGUCCAACGAGAAAACCAAACGUCGUCGUCGGAAGAUUCAGUGGAAGCGCGUGGUUGAGUGGGCGUUGUUCCUCAUCAUAUUAACCAGCUUGGUCUCUUGUCUCACCAUUCCCUCCAUCAAAACGAAGUAUUCGUGGGGUUUGGAGAUUUGGAAAUGGUGCUUGAUGGGGAUGGUAACCUUCAGUGGACGCUUAGUCUCUGGUUGGCUCGUAGCUGUGUCCGUAUUCAUCAUAGAGAGAAACUUCAUGCUCAGAGAAAAGGUCUUAUACUUCGUCUACGGUCUCAGAAAAAGCAUCAGAAACUGCAUAUGGCUAGGCCUCGUGUUAUUCUCGUACUGGACCGUCGUCUUCGACAACGUCCAGAAGAAAAAUCACAAGUUCCUCAACAAGGUGUUUCAGGCGCUUGUGGCCGUCCUCGUCGGAGCCAUAAUCUGGCUCGUCAAGAUCGUGCUGGUGAAAAUGCUAGCCUCGUCGUUCCACGUCGCGACCUACUUCGACAGAAUGAAAGAGAGCGUGUUCCAUCACUACAUACUGGACACACUCUCUGGGCCUCCCUUGGAGGAGAACGAUGAAACGACGUCGCAGCAUACUCUGACGGGGUCCAAGUCCAUGCCGGCGAACUGGAAGGGAAGGCAUAAAGCGAUAAAGGAGGCGAAGAACUUGUACAAGUCGAAGAAGUUUGGGUCGAGGAAGAUUGAUAUGGACAAGCUGAGAGAGCUGAGUAUGAAGAGCACGGCGUCGGCGUGGAGUGUGAAGAGACUGGUGAACUACGUGAAGUCGUCGGGGUUGUCGACGAUUUCCCGGACGAUCGACGAUUUCGGGAACGCCGAGUCUGAGAUUUGCAGCGAGUGGGAAGCUCGGAAUUGUGCUCAGAGGAUUUUCAAGAACGUUGCUAAACCUGGUGCCAAGUAUAUUGAGGAGGAGGAUCUCAUGAGAUUUUUGAAGAGAGUUGAGGUUCAUACUAUAUUCCCACUCUUUGAAGGUGCCCUCGAAACUGGAAAGAUCUCCAGGUCUUCCUUUAGAAAUUGGGUGAUUCGAGCUUAUUAUGAAAGAAAGGCUCUAGCACAAUCACUGAAUGACACAAAAACAGCAGUGCAACAGCUUCACAAGAUAGCCAGCUCAAUAGUGACAGUGAUAAUAAUCGUAGUUCUCCUUUUGGUGAUGGAGCUGGCUACAAUCAAAGUGAUACUUUUCGUCAUUACACAGAUAGUUCUGGUCGGGGUUGCCUUCCAAGGUACCUGCAAGACUGUGUUGGAGGCCAUCAUCUUCGUCUUUUGUCAUGCACCCUUUUGACAUUGGAGAUCGCUGCGUCAUUGAUGAUGUUCACGUACGAAAUUCUCAACUUGAAAAAUGCCCACGUCGCACCUUAAUUACUAAGUUUAAUUGUCUUGUAUUAUAUAUACUUCUACUGAUGAACAGAUGACUGUGGAAGAGAUGAAUAUCUUGACGACUGUGUUUCUUCGAUACGACAAUGAGAAAAUCUACUACCCCAACGCAGUUUUGCUCAACAAGCCAAUAAGCAAUUUCUAUAGGAGUCCAGAGAUUUGGGAUUCUAUUGAUUUCGUUGUUGAUGUUUCAACUCCUAUGGAGACCAUCAUUUCACUCAAGAAAGCAAUUCAAACGUACAUAGAGAGCAAGCCCAAGUACUGGAAUCCAAAGCACGCAGUGAUAGCCAAAGAGAUAGAGAAUGUGGAUAAGCUGAAGCUGUGUCUGUGUGUUCAACAUACUAUCAACCAUCAGAACUACGGGGAACGAAACAAUCGGAUCACAGAGCUUUUGCUAGAGCUGAAGAAGAUCUUUGAGGUACAUGGAGUCAAGUACAAUCUUCUGCCUCAGGAAGUCCACAUUACCAAGAUGAACAGUACCGGAAAUGGGAGACCUGUGUUGUAAUCACACUAAACCACAAUUACUGGCUUAGUUUUAAUUAACUAGUCCAUGCAUGAGAGAUCUCUUACUCUGAAUUUUCAAAUGAAGUUCAGGUGCUUCAUGAC